AUGAAGGUUACGGCGUUUCUUCCCGGCGUCUGCGGCCUCGCUCUCGUCCUCCUCCUCCUCCUUCCCUUCAAUGCCGCUGGUGUGGAGUCCCGUGGACCUCUGGGCGGCUACCACUGGUACACCAUGUUCAUGUUCGGCGAUUCGUUCGCGGACACCGGGAACCUUCCGAGAACGAACAGCAGGAGCUCCCUGUCGCGUCAAUGGCACUACCCCUACGGCACCUUCAAUGGAAGUCGAAGUGGCAAUCCGCUCGGUCGCUUCUCCAAUUACUUGGUUCAGCCCGAUAUCAUCGCGAGGAUGCUAGGGCGCCUCGUAGGUCCUCCGGCGUACAAGCGCACGGUGAAGCACUACUGCGACCCGUCCGGCAUGAGCUUCGCCGUCGGCGGCUCAGGCGUGUUCGAGGUCCCGGAAAACCUGACGACCCUCUCCCAGCAAAUCGACAAUUUCGAGAGGCUAAUCAAGGAUCGAACCAUCUCCAAAUGGCACCUCGCCGACUCUGUGGCUCUCGUCGCCAUCUCCGGCAACGACUACGCGCACGGCACCAACUCCAGCGACGUCGCCAACAUGAUCGCUAUCAUCAAGAAGGUGACGACCGAGAUCACGGCGAAUGUGCAGCGGCUGCAGAAGCUCGGGGUGAAGAAGAUCCUGGUGAACCAGCUGCACCCCGUCGGCUGCACGCCGUGGCUGACUAGGCCGAGCAACUACACCGUCUGCAACUCCCGGGCCAACAUGGGCGUGGACCUCCACAACGGCCACCUGAGCAUAAACCUGCGCAAGACCAAGAACGUCCAUAUCCUCGACCUUGCCACCGCCUUCGCCAACAUCGUCAAUCCAGCCCCCGGUGAAGGCUCAAGGCAGGCCAAGAGGUUCGAGCACAAGCUGACGCCGUGUUGCGAGAGCUUUGACCCUGAGGGGUACUGCGGGCAGCUGAGUAAGAACUCGAAGAGGCUUUACACCGUAUGCAAGAACCCCGACCAGUACUUCUACUGGGACAGCGUGCACCCUACCCAGGCUGGCUGGGAGGCCGUCAUGAAGCAGCUGCAAAAGCCUAUGCUCAAGUUCCUAACAAAGGAUCAUUAA